AUGGCGCCGACGAUCCCCGAACGCGCGGGCGUCGCGGAGCCGUUCGACAUGAGCUACGCCGCGGACUUCGUCGCGGCCGCGCCGGGGGUGCCGCUCGGCAGGGUCAGCGCGGUCACCGCUCGACGCGCGCGCGCGAAGAUUCGCGAGCAGAUGAAGGAAGACGCGCGGAGGCGACGCGCGCGCGCGGCGGCGCGGCCGAUCGACGCGCUGCUUCAUCCGAACAAGCUCGGGAAGCCGCUCCCGAAGUGCGAUUUCGAGGAGACGCUCGUGGACGGCAAGUUCGACUGCGGCCUUGGACGCGAACCCAAACCGAUGCCGAGCAAGGAGCUCCUGGAGCGCGACGGGCUCACCCCGAGCUGGCCGGAGAACUUCCGCGAGGAGCUCCCGCCCAGGGUCGGCGAGGACCGCGCCGCCGACCAUCGCGGGCGGUGGGAAGCGCGAGCGAUGUCCCCGGACGCGGACCCGACGCUCGGGUUCGACCGCGCCGGGCGAUGGGAAGACCGCGGCGGGUUCGGCGACGGCAACCGCGGCCUGGAAGAGCUCACCGAGGAGGAGCUCGCGUUCAUCGCGCGGAGGGAUCACAGCGGGCGGUGGCAGAAUCGACACGGCGCGCGCCUCGCGAGAGGAUACGCCGCGCCGAGGACGUACGCUGGGUACGGCGACGUCAGGGGCGCGGACGUCGCGGAGGAGGACGUGGCGCGCGCGAUCGCGGCGGCGAGGGAGGUGGAGGAGCGCGGGAAGGUGGGUCCGGAGACGGCGUUCGACGAGGACGGGACGUUUCGAGAGUUUGAUCCGAACUUGAUGGAUCGCGACGAGCUCGACGCGUGGAAGGCGACGCGACGCGAGGACGCCGAGCGCGCGUUGAGAGAGCUGCGCGCGAAGGAAGGGAUGCGCGGGACGGUCCGCGUGCACAGCGACUGGAAAGCGCCGCCGCGGAAGCCGAAGCCGCCGAGAGGGAAAGCGUCUACGCCGUGCUGGGCGGACCUCGGGCACGCGGCGAGGGAGACGAAGACGGAGCGAUGGGGCGCGCGGACGCGGACGCCGGAGCCGGGGGCGGACGUCCCGGGCGCCGGCGACGGCGGGGAGACCGCGCGCGUGAAGUACUACGUCACGCCCGGGCAGGCGCGGUACGAGAAGGGCGGCGGCGCGAAUCCGCACGAGCCGCACACGCUGGGCGGGACGGACGGCGCGUUGGAGCGCGUCAAGUGGGGCGUGAGGGUCAAGUCGCUGCCGCCGGCGGCGCCGGUUGAAACGCUGCCGGAUGUGCUCGUGACUCGGAACCCGAUCGAGUUCGAGACGAGGCACGGCACGAGCGCGAAGCUGCUGCACUCGUCCACCGCGGAGGAGCUGAUAUACGGGGUGAAGAAGUACGUGAACUUGGAGCAGCCGACGAACCGGACGAAGGAGCAGUACGAGGCAGACAUGGCGAGGGUGUCGAAGCACGUCGGGCCGGUGCCGUGAAAGUAUUAGUCUAGUCGUAGAGAAGAGCGAGGAGACGAUUUUAUUCCAACAGAAUGUCCUGCUU